AUGGAAACAAAUGAACAAAUAAGAACAGGUCAAUUAAGUAUAUUUAUAUGUCCAGAAUUAUGGGUACCUACUGCUGCAUCAACUCAUAUGGAAGAUCUUCAGAAAAUACAAGAUCUACUAAAACUAAAGCCAUUAGUUACAAGAU